AUGGAUGGCCGCGACGCGCGAUAUCAGAAUGUCCUCGAGCUGCGUGAGCUCAGGCAGUACGUGGGAUCUGCGAGUACUGUUGGAGGUGCUGAUGAAGGCGAAGGCCUUGAUCUCGACUGGCUGACAUUCUCAUGGCAUUGCAGGCAUUGCAUCGUCACUGUAUCCACGCGCCUCGAGCAAAAGUGGUCGAUGGAAGCCUUCGAUUGGAACGGCCUAUCCCGUGACACCCAAGGGAAAAUCGCUGCGCAGGUUGCUGAAAUGAUCCAAGAGAUGCACUCUAUUGAGCUUUUGCAGCCUGGCCCCACUGGUGGAGGACCAUGUCGGGGUCGGUUCUUCACAGAUUACAGCGCUGGGCCGUUUAUGGACACUGCUGAAAUGGAAGCUUGGUUUAACCACAAGCUCGAUAUCUGCAAGAGCGUCCAUCAAGCCCCCAAAUGA